GAAUAUCUUCACGGCGCUGAAUUCGGCUACCCCUGUCACAAGUCACCCCAUCCCAGAAAACGUUUUCACGGCAAAAGCAACUAGACGCACUCUUGUGUCACACUCUUGGUACACCAUGGCGACCCUCGAUGGACUGAAAAUGGGAGCAUGUUCAGCAGAGCAUCGGACGGUACCCCUCCAUCGUCCUCACGUACCCCCAUUUUCGCACCCUAGUGGCCGACCAAACAUAGCCAGGGCAAGACUUAUAGCAUGUCUCCUUCGAUAUGGAGCUUCAUGAAGCGCACAGCACCCAACAGCCCACCAUCGUCGAAGCUUCAGAAGAUGGCUCCCGGAUUGCUGGAGACCGAGUCCCGCUCGUCGGGCACCAGCAUGGACGUGACAUCGCAGUUCUCGUAUGUGAGGGACGAAGACUACUCAAGCUUCAUGAGCGAUGUCUUAGUUGUUGGUGCAGGGCCGGCUGGUCUCAUGCUUGCCGAUAAUCUAGUGAGAUACGGUAUCAAAACGCGAAUCAUCGACGACCGACCCGACCGCACCUUGACCGGACGCGCCGAUGGCCUCCAGCCCAAGACGAUCGAGACGCUACGCCAGAUGCGCGUUGCUGAGCCGCUGCUACGGAAGGGCGUCAAGGUCUACGACAUUUCCUUCUGGAAGUCGACGAGCGAGAAGUCGUUGUACCGCACAGGUCGCGAGAUCCACUACCCGCCCAUCGUAGAUCUUCUCGACCCAUACAUUCUGCUGGUGCACCAGGGCAUGGUUGAGGCCGUCUUCGAGGAUGACCUUAGGGAGCGGGGCAUCGUCGUCUCGCGCAACACAGCCUUCGUCGGCUUCGACUACACGCCAAUGUCUAUCCGCCCCCUGACGGUCAGCUGCGCACAAGAUGUCAAUCACGCUAAGAAGACCUACUCCACACGGUAUAUUGUUGGUUGUGAUGGUGCACAUUCUAAGGUCCGCAAGUGUAUACCGGGGGCGACGCCUGUGGGUUCCUCUACAGAAGCAGUCUGGGGUGUACUCGACGGCGUACUUGAGACGGAUUUUCCCGACCUCUGGAGCAAGGUCGUUGUACAGUCGGAAGCACUUGGAUCAGUGCUAAUUAUCCCCCGCGAGAGGGGUCUGACUCGCAUGUACAUUGAACUAAGGCCAGGGUCAACGGAGGCAGUUGGCGGGGAGCAAACUACACAAGAGUUCGUACAAAAGCGAGCGCAGGCCAUCAUGCAGCCAUACAGACUGGAGUGGAGGAAUGUAGAAUGGUUCGGCCGUUAUAAAGUCGGACAGAGGGUAGCUGCCAGAUUCACCGACGACGAGCAAAGAGUGUUUAUCGCUGGCGAUGCCAGUCACACUCAUUCGCCCAAAGCGGCUCAGGGUAUGAACACAUCGAUGCACGACUCGUGGAAUUUGGCCUGGAAAUUGAACUUCGCUACCCGUGGCCUCGCGAAACCUACUCUACUAGAGAGCUACGAGCAGGAGCGACAAAAGAUUGCGAAGGACCUAAUCGACUUUGACUACGAACACGCCAACGCCUUCCACGCUGGAGACCCAACAGCUCUUGCAGCAAAUUUCGCUAAGAACGUUGCCUUCAUGUCGGGAUACGGCGUCAGCUAUGAGCAUAACAUCCUCAACGUCCAAUCCAAAAACUACGACCGCGGUUUCUUGACACCUGGUUUCCUGCUACCCCCUGCCAGGGUCACGCGUUACGUCGACGCCAAUCCGGUCGACAUCCAGACCGACAUUCCAGCACUCGGUCAGUUCCGCCUCUAUUUCUUCACACACGACAUCCGUGCGGCGAUGCCCUUUUUGGAGACUGUGUGCCACUGGCAAUCUGGAAGCAGUUCCUACGUCGGUCGCAUCACCGCUGCUGGUAAUGCAUCAUAUACCACCCAGCCUCCUCUUGCUGCACCUCACGAUCAAUUCGUCUUACCUGAGCGAUACACUCCUGUUAGCGGCGUGUUCACCUACGCUCUGGUAACGGACGAGGACCGCAACGGUAUUGAGAUCAAGGACCUACCUCCCGUCCUCCGCGAAUCAGUGUGGACAUUCUACCUCGAUGACAUUCCGGAAACAGACACUCGCAAGCAGAAGUGUAUGGACAAGUGGCUUGAUGGUCUGGAUGAGAACGAAGUGGUCAUUGUUAACGUGCGGCCUGACGGUUACGUCGGCACUGUUCGACGAUUCGCGGAAGGCAACAGAGACAAUGGUCUUGUUGCUGUGCAAUGGAUGGACGACUACUACGAACAAUUUUUACGAGACGCAUAGUAAAUAUUUUGAUGAAGAACGAUGAUUACCGUUUGUUUGGAUGCAUAGUCUUGGCGUUUGGGAUAGAGUCGAGUCCGCAAGCAUGAGUUACAUGCCGUGUGUUACCUGUCAAAUGAAUAUAGAUAGUUUGAGCAUUUUAACUUCACGUCCUAUUUGCUUCACUAUUUUA